AUGAGAAAAUUAGGCAAACAUCAUUGGUUAAGUUUCUGGAGUUCAAACGAAGUUCAUCAACAAAUUCAAACAAUGAAGAAAAAUUCAGUUUCACCAAAUGAAAAGGAAAACAUCGAUAAUCGAAUUACUCUGACUGAUAUUCUCCGUUGGGUUUAUGAAAAUACUCAACAGACAACAUGGGAUGGAUUACAUCUUUGGGCAACACAAAGUUUAAGUUUUCAACGGAAAAUUACUGCUUUUCGAAAUAUCAAUUGGAAAGAACAAGGAACAUUGUAUACAAAUACAACAAUGGAAAACAUAGCCAGAGAAUGUUUGGAAGACGAAGUCUUAGAAUUGAAAUCUAUGUAUGGCGUAUCGAAAAUGUUUCAAACAAUAUUUGACAUUUAUUCUGUUCGAUCCAAACAUUCCAAUAUUUGUUCAUCAGUUGAAAUUCAUGAAGCUGUUUCCAAACGAUUAUGGGAUUAUGGUGGUUCAAAAAAACUUCUUACACAAUUAUUAGAUGAAGAGCAGCAACGAGAACUAGAGCGAGAACAAGAAUUAGAAGAAGAACGACAACAGAAACGUCCACCAUCUGUUCAUCCCUAUGAGCCUCACUUACACGAUGAGAUCAAGGCUUUAUGCGACAUGCACGGUCCUAUGUUGAAUUUAUCAAAAUUAACUUCAGUAUUUUGUCCUAUUGCUGAUGCUUUUCUUGGUACUACAUUCUAUCGUGAAAGUCAACCACAUUGUUGGCAACAAAAUCUUUGGAUUACUGAUGAAUUUAAACGUGUGAUUCAAACACAUGGAGAAUCAUUAGAUCCUUUUCUACGUCCUGCACGAUGGAUUCUGAUCUAUCGCAAUAAACAUAUCAUUUUUGUAAGUCCUUUUGAAGCCAAUUGGCUAAUGGGUCGAUUACACGAUCUUUAUCGUAAGCAAUCGCCUGGAGAAUUAUUCACUACAACAUUACGCCUACUGUUGCCACGGACUAAGCCAGAUCAAUCAAUUAUAGCUAACACACCCACUUUAACAAUUCCUCCGUCAAUCGCACCCGAUUGUGGUACUGUUCUGUUUCCAAUUCCGACUGAAUGGUUGGUAGCAUUAUUUAUUUUUAACGGUACUCUCUACUUUGAAACUACUGAUGAACAAACAGCCUAUUGCCAUUGCCUAGGUGUAUGUCCCAAACCUCGUACCGAUAUUGAAGAAGAAGCUUUUGAGAAAGGUUGGAUUACUGUUGAUGGAUUUGUGAAAAAACCAGAUCACCGCGACAUUUUACAACUUCAACAAUGUCGUUUUCAUGCCAAUCCUUUAGCAUUCAUUAGAAAAUUGAUGGAAAACAGAAAUAAUACACAUGUAUCUCUUAUAUCCCAUGUUGGUAGCAUUCUUAUAAAUGGUGUGAAGAGAAUGGUGUCCGUUAAGCGAAAAGCAUACGAACAAACGAGUUUUUCGGCCGAAAAAAAACUACGAAAAUUAUAA